CAAGCCUUUCAGCUAACUCGACAAGACAGAAGAAAACAUGAAAGCAGUCGAGCGGCUAAUGCUAACUAGUUAUACGUUAAAUGUUUCAAGGUAGUUAUAAAAACACACAAUUAUUCAGAAAUGAUUUAAACUUUGAAUUUAUAAGAGACUGACAGCGAGUUACGGAUAAAAGUGAAUGAAGAGAUGCAGGCCGGUGAUCCGGUGGUCGGCGCAUCUGUGGGGGUGUCUGGUGUUCAGAGUCGGUCGGAGGAUGAAGAGUCGCUUGGCGUGAAAGAUUCGAAAAGGACCGUAACACAAGCAUUCGGGGGCGGUGUUCCUAAGAGGAGAAGUUCAUCCAGAUCAAUAAAAAGAAAGAAGUUUGAUGAUGAACUGGUGGAGAGCAGUCUUGUGAAGUCGUCUAGCAGAGUCAAAGGACCUCCUGUCAUUGAGCCCAUUCGCUGUUUGGGCAGUGAACCUUCAUCUAUGGAAAAGAAAAAGGUGGCAAAAUCAGGAACCGCUCUCACGCCACCUCUCGCCAUGGUGUUAAACCCCUCGCCUCUGCCCAAAAGAGUGAAGAAAAGCAAGCAGCCUUUACAUAUGACUAAAGAUCUGGGACGCUGGAAACCCACAGAUGACCUUCUGCUAAUAAAUGCUGUGCUACAGACCAGUGAUCUAACUUCUGUUCAUCUCGGAGUCAAGUUCAGCUGUCGCUUUACUCUGCGGGAAAUUAAAGAGCGGUGGUACGCCUUGCUGUACGACCCUGUCAUCUCAAAGUUGGCAUGGCAAGCCAUGCGGCAGCUUCACCCAGAGGCCAUCGCAGCAAUCCAAAGCAAAGCUCUCUUCAGUCAGGGUGAACAGGCGCUGCUGGCCAAAAUUGGUUCAACCAGUCAGCCCAAAAUGGAUGUUUUCCAGGAGCUUCUGGGCAAACACCCGGGCGUCUUUCACCCAUCUCGCACCCCCAAGAGCCUGAUGGUUCACUGGCAGCUCCUCAAGCAGUACUACCUGCUAGAUGACCAGAGUGUGCAGCCCCUUCCUAAAGGUGACCAGGUCCUCAACUUCUCUGAUGCCGAGCAGAUGGUCGACGACGUCAAGUUAAAGGACAGCAGAGACGAGGUGCUGGAACACGAGCUGAUGAUCUCAGACCGUCAUCAGAAACGAGAGAUCAGACAGUUGGAGCAGGAGUUGCCUCGGUGGCAGGUUCUCGUGGACAGCAUCACGGGGAUGAGCAUGCCUGACUUCGACAAUCAGACGCUGGCGGCGUUGCGAGGAAGAAUGGUGCGGUACCUCAUGAGAUCAAGAGAGAUUACACUGGGGAGAGCGACGAAGGACAAGCAGAUAGAUGUAGAUCUGUCUCUAGAGGGACCCGCUUGGAAAAUAUCCAGAAAACAAGGUGUGAUAAAACUGAAGAAUAACGGAGACUUCUUCAUCGCCAAUGAGGGCAGACGACCCAUCUACAUCGAUGGCAGACCGGUCCUGUCGGGCAACAAGUGGAAGCUGAACAACAACUCGGUGGUGGAGAUUGCAGGUCUUCGUUUUGUCUUCCUGAUAAACUUGGAGCUCAUCUCACUGAUAAAAGCUGAAGCCGCUAAGAUGACCCAGCCCUGAAAGGCAGACGGCAGGCGUGCUGCCGCGGCGUCUGCAGCACGGCCGCCGAGAACAGGACUCUCAGUGACCGUGCCCCCCCCCCCCCCCCCCCCCCCGGUGUGAACCUUUAACCGACUCAAUCCUGGAGCAACAUGUUUAAUGUGGUGUAUGGAUGUUUUAUUUUCUAAUGCAGACUCUUGUGGUUGAGUCCUGUUGUUGUGUCCAGUUUUUCAGAACACUGUAUUUAAAUUCUCACACCAAGCUUUUUUUAAUAAUAAUAAACUUGUAUACCACAUGGCCUAUUUUGCGUCUUUAGUCCCUUUUCUAGUCAAAUUUGCUUCUGAAUUAGUUUUGUCACGGAUAUUAAUCCACGAACACAUGUAAUGUUGGCCUGUUUACAGGCAGGGGUGCAAAGUAGCUAGUUAUAUUUACUCACGUUACUGUGAUGAAGUGCAAUUUGUGUGUAUGUUGUGCAUUUUGAAUUACGGUAGUUUACAAAAGCUGAGCUUGCACUUGAGUAUGAUUUGAUUUAAAUAUUUAAUUUGGUUACAUUUGAAGUCACAUCGGAGUAAAAACAACAACAAAAACAUCACCGGAAGCAACAAAAGCGAUCCAUCCACUGGGGUUGAGGUCAGAGUUAUAAGACCCCAACAUGGAGGCAUUGCCAUCAGACAUUAGUGGCGUCAGCAAAAACACAACAACUACAGCUGAAGUUGACCACCAAGAAAAUUAAAAUAUAUUGACUGAUGUUCAACAUGUAGCUAAAAAAAGUUGAGUUUAAUUUACAAAAGGACACAGAGUUUGAAUGUGUUCAUUGGAGCUGUCAUCUACUUUAUUUACGCUGUUUGGUCUGUUGAGUGUUGGGAUGGUCUGCAUUGAAAUGAUACAUAAUGCCUUCAAAAUAUCCAUAUUGUUAUGUGUUGACAUGUGUUAUGUUUGUGUUGCAUUUUCAUUUAUAAAGGUGCUCCUUUGAUUAAAAA